AGUACGCUUAGUAAGUGCUGGAACACUGUCACCGUACAGUAGUAGCCUACUGAGAGUAUGUACACGCAAGAUUGUGUCCUACGGAACCACUGAGAGCAAAUCCUCGGUAUUCUGCGACUACAGAGGCCAGUGUCCAAGCAGCCGUGUGCUGAAGCAGGGAGUGAACUGACCACUCUGUAGUUUGGGCUUCUUGCUGGUACAAGGAGGAGCCUGGUCAGGAGAGCGCUGUGUUUUUAUCGUGUGGUUUCUGCAUCUCGUGGAGGGCCUUGGGAGAAGAAUUGCGUUGUACCAUGUGCUGAAGUCCUAAGGAUCCAUACGAUUUUUUAUUCUACUAUUUUUUGGGGUGUGUGAGCAACAACAACAGAAGCGGCCAUGGGGAGAAAGAAGAUCCAGAUCACACGAAUCAUGGACGAACGGAACAGACAGGUCACAUUCACUAAAAGGAAGUUUGGCCUGAUGAAGAAGGCGUACGAGCUGAGCGUCCUGUGUGACUGUGAGAUAGCACUGAUCAUCUUCAAUAGUGCAAACAAGCUCUUCCAGUACGCCAGUACGGACAUGGACAAAGUUCUACUCAAGUACACCGAAUACAACGAACCCCACGAGAGCAGAACCAACUCCGACAUUGUGGAGAAACUAAGGCACAAAGGCCAGGAUGACUAUGCCAUUCCCGUGGUAGACGAGAGCUACGGGCUGAGCCCCGAGCUGGAUGACGAGAGUGAUGUAAUGUGUAAGCACUUGAGUGCGCUAAACAAGAAAGAGCACAGGGGCUGCGACAGCCCCGACCUGGACGCCUCUUACGUGCUCACCCCGCACACAGAAGAAAAAUAUAAAAAAAUUAAUGAGGAGUUUGAUAAUAUGAUGCGAAAUCACAAAAUCCCAUCUGGAAUGCCACAGCAGAACUUCUCCAUGCACGGGACUCUGCCGGUGACCAACCACAACCCCCUGGCCUACAGUUCUGGGGGCUCCCUCGGCCACUCCGCCUCCCUCAGUGACGCUGGGGUGCUGUCGUCCCCCCAUGGCUCCUUGCAUAGAAACAUGGGCUCCCCUGGGAUCUCUCAAAGACCCCCCAGCACAGGGGCUGCAGGUUCUAUGCUGGGAGCUAGUGAUAUGCCAAUGGUGAAUGGUUCAAUAUCGAGCCAAGUAGUGAAUGGCUUUGUGGGCAAUACCAGCGGGAACAGCUUGGGGAAAGGGAUGCCAGCCAAGUCUCCAUCGCCCCCUGGUGGCAAUCUGAAUGUCAGCGGCCGUAAGCCGGACCUGCGAGUGGCCACUGGCAAAGGCAUGAUGCACCCACUGUCAGAGGAGGAAGAAAUAGUGGACAUGAACGCCCAGAGAAUAAACAGCUCCCAGACCACCCAGUCUCUGGCCACCCCCGUGGUGUCUGUCAACACGCCCAGUCUUCCACACCAGGGGCUCAUCUACUCCACCAUGGCCUCCACCUACAACUCAGACUACCAGCUAAACAGCUCCGAGCUGUCUAACCUGCAAGGCUUCAGCCUCACUGGAGGCCUGUCUACGGGAUCUUCACCUUCAUGGCAACACCAGCAGAUGGCUCAUGGGCCACCAAGCUCACAGGGGGGUGGGAAUCACUUACCUCAAGGUGCCAACCUGUCUGUCAGCACCAGCCAUAAUGUCAACAUCAAGUCAGAGCCCAUCUCACCGCCUCGGGGCCGCGGCGGAGCCUCCUCUGGGGGGUUCAUGGGCGCCCCAGCCCAGGGUCAGGCUCCAGCUCCCAGCAGGCAGGACGUGGGGCGCUCCCCCGCCGACAGCUUGAGCUCCUCCUGCAGCUCCUACGAGGGCAGCGACCGCGAGGAGCACCGGCCAGACUUCCUGUCCAACAACGCUGGGCUCGGCAGAGGGUCUGGCGGCGCAGGGGGGGAAGACCAGCACAGCCCUUCAGCCAAGCGCUUGCGCAUUGACAGCUGGGUCACCUAGAGUCACCCAGUUCGGCUCGGUUCAGCCAUCUUGGAUCGCUUUGGCAGGGAGUGUUUUGUAGUUGUUGCUGUUGUUACUGGUGUUGUUAAUGUUAUCAUUACAAAUUAUAUUGUUAUUAUUAUAUAAUGAAGAUACAAUAUCAAUAUGAAUGUGUCACGUUUUUAUUUAAAUGUUAAAUAAGAAGACUGUUAUUAUUAUUAAUGUUUGAGUAGGUAUUGCUAUUUUGUACUUAAUUUACUAUUUGUUUUGGAUUAAGAUUUAUAUUUACAAAAGUAAGCAAAACUAUAUCAUGUAGGUCAUUAUUUCAGCUGUGGCUUUUUGUCAAAUGACUGAAAGUCUUGCUGUUGAAUACAGGAAAUUCUGUGCAAAUGGCACAAUAUGCAGUGGUGUUCUAAUACUUUUGGUUUGUAUUUGAGGUGACAAUUUUUUGUAGUAUUUUAAAAUUACACAUGUUUAUAAGAAGCUGUAUGUUGCUUAUGGGUGCAGAACAGAUGGAUUUUGCAGGUGUGUGAUUGGUCUGCAUUUUGCCUCUUUUUUGCAAGAUGACAUUUCUGUAAGCCAAAGGUCUAUGUUAUCAUUUAUGUUCAUAGAUGGGUUUUUAUAUAUUUACAUGUUAUUAGCCUACAACAGAUAAUUAAAGCCAUGGACAUUCAGUUGAACACACACACUCACUCACACACUUGAGCCUACCUUGAUAGCUUUGUUUUUAUAGUAUGCAUAAUGUAGCUCUCAAGUCAGGUAAACAUUUGUGAAAUACUGCCAAGCUUGCCAGGCUUUAACUUGAGUUUUUUUUAUUUUAUUUUUUUAUGUAUUUUCAGACAGUAAUAUUCAGAGGGUGUGGGUGACUUGCAACUUGUGACAUGUACCCACAAUUACUCUGGAUUGUCUACAGUAGCUCUUAAACAUAGGUGAAGGAUCUGUUCAUCAGACAUCUGUAGACCUAGGUCAUCCAGCAGCAGUCAGCUUUCUGGCAGUAACCCAACGGUGGAGAGUGUUCUGCCUGGGUGGGAAGGUGAAGCGCAGUACCUCAGCUUCUGAAUAUCAAGGAGGAUUUCAGAUCGGAUGAUUGGUCUAAGAAACACUUACACAUUGAUUUUUUGUCUUUGUAAUAGAGUGUAUAUACUGUAAAUAUGUUAUUGUAUUGAAAGGAAUGAAUGGCAUAUUUAAAUCUUAAGUGAAA